CAGGAAGCGGCCCCGGCCCGGCCCCUCUCGCCGCUCGGCUCAUGCACUCUGCGGCGCGGCGGCGCGGGCGGCGGGAUGUCUCCGGUACCAGUGGGCCCUGAGCCGCGCACCUCCGCGCUACUACCGCUGCUUCUGCUGCUGCCGCCGCUGCUACUGCUCGGCCGCGCCGCCGGCCUGGAGGUGCAGCGCAAGUUCCUCUCGCCCACCCCCACCAACAACUUCGCCCUUGACGGCCCCGGCUCCCGCGUCUAUCUGGCGGCCGUCAACCGGCUGUUCCAGCUGUCGGGGGGCGAGCUGGCGCUGGAGGCGGAGGCGGCAGUGGGGCCGGUGCUGGAUAGCCCGCUCUGCCACGCUCCGCAGCUGCCGCAGGCCUCCUGCGAGCACCCCAAGGUGCUCACCAACAACUACAACAAGAUCUUACAGCCCGACCCCGAGCAGGGCGUCCUCGUCGUCUGCGGCUCUAUCUACCAGGGCCUCUGCCAGCUGCGAAGUAUGGCCAACAUCUCGGCCGUGGCAGUGCGCUUCCCGCCAGGAGGCAGCGAUCCGGUCACCGUCUUCCCCAGCAUGCUGAACGUGGCGGCGAACCACCCCAACGCCUCCACCGUGGGGCUAGUGCUGCGCCGCGGCGGCGGCGGGGCGCGGCUGCUGGUGGCCGCCACCUAUACCGGCUUCGGCAGCCCCUUCUUCCCUCGCAACCGCAGCCUGGAGGACCACCGCUUCGAGAACACGCCCGAGAUCGCCAUCCGCGCCCUCAACGCCCGCGGCGACCUGGCCAAGCUGUUCACCUUCGACAUCAAUCCCUCCGACGACAACAUCUUCAAGAUCAAGCAGGGCGCCAAGGCGCGGCACAAGCUCAGCUUCGUCCGCGCCUUCCUGCAGCGCGGGGCCGCGCCGCCCGCUCGCCGCCCCUACGCCUACCUGGCGCUCAACAGCGAAGCCAACGCAGGUGACAAGGAGAGCCCCUCUCACAGCCUGCUGGCCCGUAUAUGCCUGGGCGAGCCGGCAGAGGCCACGCUUAACGGCAGCGGAGAGACCAAGAAGCUGACCGAGUCCUACAUCCAGUUGGGGUUGCGCUGCGGAGGCCCCGCCGACGCCUUCACCCGCCUCGUCUCCGUUUUCCCGGCGCGGGCGGUCUGGCGCGGCCCCGCCGCCCCUGGCCCGACUCCGCCGUCCCCCGAGGAGCUGCUUUUCGGCGUCUUCGAGCGGGCCGGGACCAGCGGCGGCGGGGGGCGGCCGCAGUCUGCACUCUGCGUCUUCCGUUUCGCCGAGAUCGAGGAGACAAUCCGGGCCGCUCGCAACUCCUGCUUUGUCAGCCCGGCUGCCGGCAUGGUCACCGUGCUGGACAGCGUUGUGCAGGGCACCGGCCCGGCCUGCGAGAAGAGGAACAUACAGCUGCAGCCGGAGCAGCUGGACUGUGGAGCUGCACAUCUCCAGCACCCUCUGGCCAUCGUCAACCCCAUCACUGCCACCCCCAUCUUCACCUACACUGGCCUGACUGCCGUGGCUGUGGCCAGCGUCAACAACUACACCGUGGUGUUCCUGGGCACUGCCAGUGGAGGACUCCUGAAGAUUAAUCUGGACAGUACCAUGAAGGUUAUCAGCAGGAGAUCCAUUUCAGUAGCUUACGGGGAGCCUGUCCACCCCAUCAUGCAAUUCGACCCUUCUGAUUCCACCUACCUCUAUCUGAUGACCUCCUAUCAGAUGACACGGGUGAAGGUGGCUGCCUGCAACCAGUACUCGACGUGCAUGGAGUGCUUGGCUGCUGCGGAUGCCUACUGCGGGUGGUGCACCAUGGAGACCAGGUGUUCUCUGCAGCAGGAGUGCACAAACUUCACAGGGGCCAACUUCUGGGUGAGUGCAAGCGAGGGAGUGCAGCAGUGCCCUUCCAUGACCAUCCUGGAGCCCGAGAUCAACAUCGACAAGGAGAACCCGGUCCUGAUUAUACAAAUAAAUGGGACAAUCCCAAACCUGAACGGGACAAACAUCUCAUGUGACUAUGGAAACAACAUCCAGACAGUGGCCAGAGUGGCUGGAGAUGAUGUGAACCAAUUCAUCUACUGCAGCCUGCUCCCACGGGAGGAAUACCCGUCAUUCCCAGACCACCAAGACCACGUGGCCGUCGAGGCUGCUCUCCGGGUCAACAGCAGAAACAUCAUCCAGGCCAGUUUCACCAUCUACGAUUGCAAAAGAACCGGCAGCAUCUCCCCGAGGAGAGCAUGCACCAGCUGCCUCUCAACCAGGUGGAAGUGCCACUGGUGCCCCUCCACCUACACUUGUGUCUCCAACCACUCACAGUGUGAUGAUGUGCUGCAGAUGAAGAACAAAGCUGACUGUCCACGGAUUGUUGCUGCCCCCUUGGACCCAAUGCCCACGGGAGUGUCUCGGGACAUUAGGAUCUCGCUGGCUAAUGCGACCUUCUCUGAGGACACGGCUCUGCAGUGCCACUUCGGGACGGACAGGACAUUUGAAGCCCGGUGGGUGAACUCCUCUGCCGUGGAGUGCCUGAAUGUACUGCUCCACACGUCAGAAAAGAGCCUUCUCUUCCCAGUGAACCUCCAGCUGAAGGACAGGCCAGGCAGAUUUAUCGACAGCCCAGAGACGAUGACAGUGGAGGUGUACAACUGUGCGACUGGCAGUGCUGACUGCUCCCAGUGCCUGGGCAGGGAGGACCUGGGGCACCGGUGCCUCUGGAGCGAGAGCAGCUCCAGCUGCAGGCUGCACAGUGAGGCCUCGCUGGUCUCUGACGUCUGCCCAGCUCCAGAGAUUCGGAAGAUCGAGCCGCUGCGUGGGCCGCUGGAGGGGGGCACCUUGCUGACCAUCCGUGGGAGGAACCUGGGGAGACGCUUCAGCGAUGCCAUGGGUGCGGUGUGGAUCGGCGCCGUGCCCUGCGUGCCACUGCCACACCGAUACGUCGUGUCCGAGGCGAUCGUGUGCCAGACCGAGGGUGCUCCGGAGGCCUUCUCGGAUGUGGUGACAGUGAACAUGAGCCGGGAGGGGAGGUCCCGGGAGCGGUUCUCCUACGUGCUUCCUGUGGUGCACUCCAUAGCUCCCCUGAAUGGUCCAAAGGCUGGAGGAACCAGAGUCAUCAUCAGAGGCAGCAGGCUGGACAUUGGCUCCGAGCUCCGCGUGCUUGUCAACACCUCCAGGCAGUGCACUGACCUCAGCCGCAGUGCCAGCACCAUCAGCUGCACCAUGCCAGCUGCAGAGUUCACCAGCACUGUGCGUGUCUGCGUCCAGUUCGAGAACAGGUCCUGUGCCAGCCACAACAUCACCUUCAAGUACGAGAAGAACCCAAUUAUAUCAGACAUCAGCCCCAAGAAGAGCCAGCUCAGCGGGGGCAGGAUCAUCACCCUGGAAGGAAGAGGCUUUGAACUGGUCCAGAACGUGUCCAUGGUUGUCCGAUUCAUCGGCAGAGAGCAAACAAGCUGUAAGGUUCACUCCGACACCACCAUCACCUGCCCCUCUCCAGCUGCCUCCAAUGUCACUGCCGGCGGCAAGCCCGCGCCCGUCGAUUUCUUUCUCAACGGACGCCUCUAUGCAGACGACCACCCGGCCCUGGACGAGGAGAUGUACCCUGAGGAGGCCCUGCACAUCAGCAAGUUCAGCCUGGAGUACUAUACUGACCCCCAGUUCUUCACAGCCAAGAAGGAGAAGUGGAUCAAGCACCAUCCCGGCGAGCCCUUGACUCUGGUUAUACACAAAGAGCCUGACAGCCUGGGCCUGGAGAGCAACGAGUACCAGGUGCGAAUUGGCCUCGUCUCCUGCGAGAUCCAGAUCGUGUCAGACAGGGUCAUCCACUGCUCCGUCAACGAGUCGCUCAGCACCUCGCACAGGCAGCUGCCCGUGACCAUCCAAGUGGGAAAGUUCAACUACACCAUCGCCACGCUGCAGCUCGGGGGAGGAGAGACUGCCAUCAUCGUCUCCAUUGUCAUCUGCAGCAUCCUGCUGGUGCUCUCUGUUGUAGCCCUCUUUGUGUUUUGCACCAAGAGCCGCAGAGCCGAGCGGUACUGGCAGAAAACCCUGCUGCAGAUGGAGGAGAUGGAGUCACAGAUCCGGGAGGAGAUCCGCAAAGGUUUUGCAGAGCUGCAGACAGACAUGACAGACCUGACCAAGGAGCUGAACCGCAGCCAGGGGAUCCCCUUCCUGGAAUACAAGCACUUUGUCACCCGGACCUUCUUCCCCAAGUGUUCCUCACUCUACGAGGAGUGCUACAUCCUGCCGACCCAGCAGCUCAGCUCCCAGGGGGGCUCCCAGGCCCAGGAAACCCACCCGCUCCUGGUCGGAGAAUGGAAAAUCCCUGAAAGCUGCAGGCCCAAUAUGGAAGAAGGGAUCUCGCUGUUCUCCACCUUACUCAACAACAAGCACUUCCUCAUUGUCUUUGUCCAUGCUCUUGAGCAGCAGAAGGACUUUGCUGUUAGAGACAGGUGUAACCUGGCCUCCCUGCUUACUAUCGCAUUGCAUGGGAAACUGGAGUAUUACACCAGCAUCAUGAAGGACCUCUUGGUGGAUCUAAUCGAUGCUUCAGCCUCCAAAAACCCCAAGCUGAUGCUGAGGAGAACAGAGUCUGUGGUGGAGAAGAUGCUUACCAACUGGAUGUCCAUCUGCAUGUACAGCUAUCUCAGAGAGACAGUCGGAGAGCCUUUCUUCCUGCUGAUCUGUGCCAUCAAGCAGCAGAUUAACAAGGGCUCCAUCGACGCCAUCACCGGGAAGGCCAGGUACACCCUCAAUGAGGAGUGGCUGCUGAGGGAGAACAUCGAGGCCAAGCCCAGGAACCUCAAUGUCUCCUUCCAAGGCUGCGGGAUGGACUCUCUGAGUGUCAGGGCCAUGGACACAGACACACUCAGCCAAGUGAAGGAGAAGAUUCUGGAGGCCUUCUGCAAGAAUGUCCCCUACUCCCAGUGGCCAAGGGUGGAAGAUGUUGACCUUGAGUGGUUUGCCACCAGCACCGACAGCUAUAUCCUCCGGGACCUCGAUGACACCUCGGUAGUGGAGGAUGGCAGGAAGAAGCUCAACACCUUGGCACACUACAAGAUCCCCGAAGGGGCAUCCCUGGCCAUGAGCCUGUCGGACAAGAAGGACACCACGCUGAGCAGAGUGAAGGAUUUGGACACUGAGAAGUACUUCCACUUGGUUCUCCCCACUGAUGAAUCAGUUGAACACAAGAAGUCCCACAGGCAGAGCCACAGGAAGAAAGUCCUACCAGAGAUCUACCUAACCAGACUGCUCUCCACAAAGGGCACGCUGCAGAAGUUCCUGGACGACUUGUUCAAAGCCAUCCUCAGCAUCCGGGAUGACAAACCCCCCCUGGCCGUCAAGUACUUCUUUGACUUCCUAGAGGAGCAAGCAGAGAAAAGAGGGAUCACAGACCCUGACACUAUGCACAUCUGGAAGACCAACAGCCUGCCUCUGCGGUUUUGGGUCAACAUCCUGAAGAACCCCCAGUUCGUCUUCGACAUCGACAAGACAGACCACAUCGAUGCCUGCCUCUCGGUGAUAGCCCAGGCCUUCAUCGACGCCUGCUCGCUCUCCGACCUGCAGCUGGGCAAGGACUCCCCGACCAACAAGCUGCUGUACGCCAAGGAGAUCCCCGAGUACAGGAAGAUCGUGCAGAGAUACUACAAACAGAUCCACGACAUGCCCCCGCUCAGUGAGCAGGAGAUGAACGCUCACCUGGCUGAGGAGUCGCGGAAAUACCGGAACGAGUUCAACACCAACGUGGCCAUGGCCGAGAUCUACAAAUAUGCCAAGCGCUACCGCUGCCAGAUCGUGGCUGCCCUGGACAGCAACCCCACGACAAAGCGCACCCAGCUGCAGCACAAGUUUGAGCAAGUGAUUGCACUGAUGGAGGACAACAUCUACGAGUGCUGCAGCGAAGCCUAGGCCCACCGCAGCCCUGGAAGUGACCUUCUGUACAGUGCAGGGCUGUGGGGAGCCUGCCUUCAGCCACCAUAUGCCAUGGAUCGUCUCACCAGGGUCAUUCCCAAACCAGCCUCGUGGUGGGUUGGGCCUGACCCAUGGCUGAAGGGCUCCCUCACCUGAAAAGAAGCCACCAUACACUUCUCUGAGCAGCUCAAACCUCCUCUGGUCUGCACUGUGGCACCCAUAAUUUAUUUGCUGUUGCCAGUCAGAAAUGGAGAUGUGACACUUGUGGCAAGCUCAGUUCACCACUUCCCUCUGGUCAGCAGCUCCCUGCAUGCCUGCUUGUGGUUCCUCAGGACAAGAGAUGAAGCUGCAGAAGAUCUAACAUGAGGUGAAGCAAAGGGCAGCCUCAGGGAGUAACAAGCAAAGACAGCAAAGGCCACGGGAGCGGUGCCUGAGCUCCCUUCCACACCAUCCCUCUGACAUCCUUGUUUUUCCAACACCAGGGACUCGCUCAGCUGUUCACUAUCUGCUGCAUUCUGUGUAUUUUUGUGCCUUUUAAUUUUUGUACUGUAUGUGUAAACAUAACCACCCCUCCAUCUGAGACUUGGGCAACAGGGAAGGCAGGGCUGAGGCACAGCAGUCGCUUCCCCAGGCACUGAGCCAUGGAGUAAGCACUUUAUCCCCAGCUGGCAAUGGCUGCUGUGGAGCCAGAGGGAACGUGCUGGUGUCAGACAGGGGCAGGAGGGUUCCUUCCCUGUCCCCAGGUUCCAUCUCUGCCAGCACAGUGAGCUGGAGUUGCCGUGGGUAGGUGAAGACCCCCUGCCUCCCUGCUCGCUGGGCAUAGGCACAGCUGCUGCCCAGGGCAGCAGGUGUAGUGGAGGAGAAGGACCCAUGCCUCACCCUCCAGCCAUACUGGCUGUGCCUGUGGCACUGCCCCAGCCCUGACAAUGCCGCUCAGGCCAGCAUGGAGCAGCUCCUGCUGACAGCCCUUGGGUGGAGCAGAGCAAGACACCAGGCAUCACCUUCCCUCCGCUGCCCCACCAGCAUGUCCCUGCCCUCGCCACUAAAGGCAAGGUCAGCGCUAGAGUGGGGUUUGCUGUAGCAGCUCACUCUGGACACAGCCCACCUGAGAGUAGCCACUAGAGCACAGCUUUGCUGUGUCUGGCCUUUCCUUCAGCCUGCUCAGGCAGAAGGACUGGACCUCAGCCCCUGGCAGCAGGAUACUCAGGCAGGCCAGUAGAGCAGCUCCUACACCCCAAGCUGCAAGCAGAAAGCAUCCCACGCUUCUGCUGGGGCCAGCAGCAGGGUCCCACUGCACGGACAGAGGGAGCUUGUCCAAGACCAGGAACUUCUGUGCCGUCCCUCCACAUCUGCAGAACCCCUGUCCCAGCUCGGUGGGACACGUGGGGAGCCGUGGGCGCUGUGGUGUUCACCAGCGUCCCGCUGGUGCCUCUGUGGAGGCUGGGCCACAGCUGACACCACAUGCUCGAAGCUGAAUGCUGACUUGCAGGCAUCAGCACCCUGCCCACAGCAGCUGAGCCCAGCUGGAGCCACUGCAUUUCAAACUGCCAAAUAGAGAAGAGAAGAAGUUGCUACCUCACUGCAGGCAGGGCCUGGGGGAGCCUCCACUGCUCAUCCCGCUGGCAAGGAUGCAACCUGCUGUUAGAUGACUUUGGCCCACCAGAACUCCUCCUGGGUGACUCACUGCCAUGGACAGGGGCCUCCAUCCCAGCAGUGCCACACUCCUGAGUGCUGUGCCCGUCAGCCCUGUGUACAUAGAUGUCUAUUUUAAACAAAGCAGAGACUUUAUCCAGUAUGGUGGGGGGGAGGGGAGAGCAGAGCUUUUCUAAAGGGGAACUCCAGAAGGACAAACACUGUGGAGGUGUCACUGCUGAGGACAGAAACGAACCAUGUAGCUGGGCUACAUUUUAUUUUGAAAGUGAAUUAUUUUUUGUUGUUGUUUUCUUUCAGAAACUGUGAAUAGCUGCCAGAGACAGGCAGGCCCAGCACAGGGAGGGCAGGGCAGGACAGAGGUGCAGAGAACGUCGAGCUUGGCUGGAGGCGGGGAAGGGUCCGGUGGCAGUAGCCCCGUGUUGUGACGAGGGAAGGACACAGGGACAUGGCAGCCGGUACCCUUUGCCCCCACGGUGCCAUGGCUGGGGCCUCUUGUUUCAUUAUUGAAGUUUCUCAAAGCAGAAGGUCGUUGCUAAGAACCAUAUGAAACAACCCCAAGGGAGCAGCAGCUGGAGGGGCGGCAGGGCUGCCCCGAGCCCUCUGUACCAUGUUUUUAGACUUUGGCACAUGUUGUGGCCGUGGUGCCCUUACCUGCUGUUAAUGAAGUGGCAGACUCCUGGAGAAGCCUCUUUGUAAUAAAACAAGGUGCUGAAACCUG